GUAAAAUCUAUCAGCCGAGAGAAGUGUAGAGGGAGAGAUCGAGAAAAAUGAGAACGAAAACGAAAAUGCAAUUCUCAGUGGGCUUCGUAGUUCUUUCUUGUUGUGCAGCAGUUUUGCGAUUUCAUCCCACACAGGGGAAGAAAAGAUCAUUCGAAGUACUGAUCAAACAUCAAGGCAAAAUGUUCAAGGAGGUUGUGGAAAUCGAUGUUAAAGGGAAAACGGAAACAUUUCACGUUCCAUUGCAAGGUGACCUUGAAGCAGCGGAAAUCAUUAAUGAUUUUCGUAAGAAAUUGAUGAUGAUCAGCUUACCACAGAAACAAAUGUGCUUUUUGACAAAGCUCACUGGCAGAGUGCCACGCCCUACCAAGAUGGCCAAAUCCUUUAGAAAGGCAACAAUGGAUGGUAAGGAAUUUCCAUUGGAGAAAUUGACAAUUACCAUGGAAACUAAAGAGUUGAUAUAUGACCUGGGUGAUCUUAGCUACGCCAUGAGGAAAAUGUGUGAAGGUUUUCCUAUUUACCACAGCGAGCCUGCUAAAGAUACCAUUUCCAUCUCAGCAGUUGCUGAUGAAGACAGGAUUUCAGGUGACAAUAGAAAGCCUAUCCAUCGGCGUUCUUGCUCCAGCUCUGUUUGUUCCACCUAUCAAUACUGUUACUUGACCUGUGCCUUGUCAACAUGCAUGGUGUGCAAAGAAAUGCAAACUUGCAUGCCUAUUGAUUGUUAAGUAUUAUUUUAGUUUAAACACCUCACAUCCCAGCUAUAAAUCUGAACAAAGUGAUGAUGGUUUUGAAAAGGUAUUAAGGCUGUAGUUUACGAGUUCUGAUGGAAAAUGUACUGUUUUGUAACAACUAAUAAACUUUUCAGUCAAAAAAUAAAUUUGAAGUAUCACAUUGUAAAAGUCCACCUUUAUCUUACCAUAAAAAAAUUUCAUAAUUUCUUGUAGAACCAUUAAGAUCUAAAGAAACUGACUGCAUAGCCAGUGUCACUCACUCUUUAUUUUUUCAAAUCUGUUCCUAAAUUGAUUGCUUAAGAGAUACACAGCAAAAACUGGGUUCUUCACUUUAGUUCAAGUAAUGAUGUGACGAUGGUAUUUACACAAUGUAUAUACAUUAAAUCUAAUGUGGACAAAGAGCUUGUUGAUCUCUCAGACAACACAAACUAAAAACCCACAAAAGGAGAGUUAUAUAGCACUACAAAGAGAAUGUUGCAGAUGCCUGAGCAAGUCCUUGUCGCCUGAAAAAAAAUCAAUCAAAUAACCUUAAUAAAAUUUACA